AUGACACUCGCGCCGAUGGCGGCGUCCGUGAUGGCCGUGGCCGAACCCAAAUGGGUCCCCCUCUGGGGCCGCCUCCUGUGGGUGACGCUGCUGAGCAUGGCGCUGGGGUCGCUGCUGGCCCUGCUGCUGCCGCUGUCGGCCGUGGAGGAGCAGCGGCUGGCCCUGCUCCGGGGCUUCUCCCUGCUCCGGAGCCACUGGGACCGGGCCCAGCACGCCGGCAGCAGGUGCUCCAGCCCCUGCACGGAGCUCAGCGUCACCGCCAGGGACGCGGGCCUGCUGGUGGUCAAGGCCCCGGCCUCCCCAGCCGCCAGGUUGGAAGCCAAAGCGGCUCUGCACCAAGCCCUGGAGAUGAAACGCCAGGGCAAGCGCAAGAAGGCCCACAGGCUCUUCCUGCACGCCCUGAGCAUGGACCCCGACUCGGUGGACGCGCUCACCGAGUUCGGCAUCUUCUCCGAGGAGGAGGAGGACAUCAUCCAGGCGGACUACCUGUACACCCGGGCGCUGACCAUCUCGCCCGCCCACGAGAAGGCGCUGGUCCACCGGGACCGCACGCUGCCGCUGGUGGAGGAGAUCGACCAGCGCUACUUCAGCAUCAUCGACGACAAAGUGAGGAAGGUCAUGUCCAUCCCCAAGGGCAGCUCGGCGCUGCAGAGGGUCAUGGAGGAGACGUACUACCACCACAUCUACCACACGGUGGCCAUCGAGGGCAACACCCUCAGCCUCUCGGAGAUCCGGCACAUCCUGGAGACCCGCUACGCGGUGCCGGGGAAGAGCCUGGAGGAGCAGAACGAGGUCAUUGGCAUGCACGCGGCCAUGAAGUACGUCAACGCGACGCUGGUGUCCCGCAUGGGGUCCGUCACCAUCGGCGACAUCCUGGAGAUCCACAGGCGGGUGCUGGGUUACGUGGAUCCCGUGGAAGCCGGCAGGUUCCGGACGACACAGGUCCUGGUGGGGCACCACGUCCCUCCCCAUCCGCAGGAUGUGGAAAAGCAGAUGCAGGAGUUCGUCCAGUGGCUCAACUCCGAGGACGCCAUGAACCUGCACCCCGUGGAGUUUGCGGCCUUGGCCCAUUAUAAGCUCGUUUACAUCCACCCUUUCAUCGACGGCAACGGGAGGACCUCGCGCCUGCUGAUGAACCUCAUCCUGAUGCAGGCGGGCUACCCGCCCAUCACCAUCCGCAAGGAGCAGCGGUCCGAGUACUACCACGUGCUGGAGGUGGCCAACGAAGGCGACGUGAGGCCCUUCAUCCGCUUCAUCGCCAAGUGUACGGAGACCACCCUGGACACCCUGCUCUUCGCCACAACGGAGUACCCGGUGGCACUGCCGGAGGCCACACCCAAUCACUCUGGGUUCAAGGACACGCUGCCGGUGAAACCUUAA